ACCAAACCUUCUGACCGCCAACUUUUUUAAACCGGCAGUAUUUUCACAUCACCAAAAGACCCCUCUCCGACUCUCGCUGUAAACCGUCACCGCACGUAUAUAGCUUUCGCCCCACAGACCGCCCGGCCGGCCGUUUGAUCGCGACAAUGGGCAGACGGCCUAAUGCCCUGAUUCUGCAAUACUUCGAAAGAGGACCCAAGUUGCAGGACCAGAGCAAUCGCUACCCUCAUACCUGCAAAUCAUGUGGUGAACACUUCCCUCGCGGUCGCCUCGACAGCCUGACGAGCCAUCUCACCAAGAAAUGCCCUGCCAUCAGCGAAGCCGAUCGAGUCAGCGCGUUGCUCACCCUCUCGGGGAUGGGCCAUGCAUCCAAGACAUUCCAGCAGAACCAGCAGGCUCAUGCUCACCCCCAGGUCUCCGAUGGCUCUUCGGUCGACCUUCCUAUGACGUCGCGCGACUGGACUGCUCUUGGAGUGCUGGCUGAGGUCUCGAGACAAAUCGACUUGAAUGAGAAGAAUGACGAUCGCGGCCAGAUGACGGGCGCAAUCCCAAAUACCCAUUUGGGGACUGCGCAGCCUGGAGAACGCUUUGAUAUGCAAGAUCAAUUCAAUUUUGACAAUCCGCCGUUGAAUCAGGACAUUGAUGCGCAGAAAGACCCGAAGGUUGAGCCGCCGUCGCCGAACGCCGGCGACAGAGGCCUCAUUACCGACGAGCGACUCCAAGAAAUACUACGCGCAGAAAAUGAAGUCAAUACCGAUUCUGCCAACAUUUCAAUGGCUGCUGCUGCGACUGCUCGCCUGCACCCAGCAUUCCUGGAUCCCGAGCUUCUAGCCGAUGAGGCGACUGUUGCGGCCGUGACAGAGGCUGCGAAUCAAGCGAAUACCGCCGCUGUGGCCGCGGCUGCUGCUGCUGCCGUAGCUGCUGCCGUAGCCGAAAACAGCAAUAUCUCGACCCCUGAGCAGUCUGGGCUGGAGGACCAACCACCGCCGACGCCCACACCGCCUGCGCUUCCCGAGUCCCUGAUCCAGAGUUCUGGAAUUCCAGUCACUACCAUGCCCAAUGCUCCUAUGAUUCCGGUAACGAACGAUGCGCCGGCUUGGGUAGAUGGCAACUACGCGGCGGCUUCUUUUCAGAUGCCUCUGAACAGCCCGUUGCCUCAACUUCCUGCGCCCCACGCGAAGGGAGGGUUCCGCCUCGACACCGCCAAUGGUGCCAAGUCGCGACAUUCUCGCGCUCGGUUCAACCCUGACAGGAGAAAGGAGGUCCAGGAAGUCCGCAAGAUUGGAGCCUGCAUUCGUUGCCGCGUGCUGCGAAAGACGUGCUCUCAGGGUUCGCCCUGUGAUACCUGUCGCAAAGUGCUAUCACCUCGCGUGUGGCGCAAUGGGUGCGUGCGCACCAAGUUCUCAGAACAGUUGGACCUGUACUCUGCCGGAGUACAAAUAGUCCUCGCCCAGGCCCGGGUAAAUGGGAUCAAGCAUACUGUGGCUCUUCAACACCAUGGAAUAUUGAUUGAAGCUUGUCAUUUCCCGGACUACGAGUCUCGACUUCAGCUGCUCGUUCUACAGAGCGAGCCUGAGAGGGAUGCGGAGGGGAAGCUGCUUGAUGCAAGCAUAGCAGAAGACCAUCCCUCCAGCUACCACAUCGCCAUGCUUGACAACGACAACCAAGACGUUCCUGCUCGAGUGGAGACGUACAUGCGCGAGGUCUUGCCAGAAAUGAUUCGGCGCGAGCCAUCACAGUUUAUGCGCAUUACUUUGCAGACUGCCGUCGACGUUGCGACAAGAACCAAUGAUGAGCUUCUCAAGAAGUCCCUUGAGUUGUGGGGUCUGGUUGAAAUACUGGAUCGCGAGCGACAGUGGACCAUCACCGUCAAGAACGGGGAGAACGAGCUUCAGCCCAGGAUCAUCAAGGAAGAGACAGAUGGCGAAUUGUUCCAUACAAUCUGUCUUCAGCUUGCCGCGGCCACAGAGAGAAAAGCAGCGGCCACUAGCAAAGCGCUGUUGACUGGCAUGCAGCGUGUGCUGCAAGACAGCAAAGUCAAGAUUGACUACAACAUGUAUUUUGCCGUUUUGAUCUUGCUCAAUUGCGUGGAAAAGUCCAUCUGGGCUUUCCGGGCUUGGGAACAGCCGAACCUAAGGGGCCAGUGGCCGCUCGAGAAGGACCCAGGCAGCUUCGCCCAGCAGGGCUCCGUCAUCGCCGAGCUGUUGCACAUGUUGCUAGGGAUUCGUAAAGCGCUUCCACGCACAUCACGUCGGGAGUCUGAUGGGAAGUUGGUGACUGAUGAUGCGAACCCGUUGAUCCAGGCCUAUUUUGAGGCCAUUGAUUUGGACUUUGCUACAGUAAAAGCCAAACAAGACCAACCGAACUUCUCGCCGACGGACCCCCGAUCAUUUGAGCUUCUCUUUUGCUCCACGCUUCUCUUGCCACCAUCCUCAGACUAGAGGGCUAGAUGGAGGCACUAGACAUCAACAUGGCUUUUUUUUUCAUUUCUCAGAGAUGUCGGGCCAACAUUGUUUUUGUUUGCCCAGUUGAUGAUCUAUUUAAUCUGGCUUUGUCUUGCUUGGAAGCGAAAGGCGGGAGUUGGAGUGAUGGGAGGGCUUUUUGACAUGAGCUCGAAUGGAUACCUGCACCUGGACAGUUGGGGGGAAUCAAACAACACAAACUGGACAUUAUAUUUCUUACGCUGUCGGAUACCAAAUCACAAUAACACCAAAAGCGCAAAACCCUAAAAAAAAGCACACGAGAUAUAUAUUUUACCACACAACAUGUACCAAGCGUACUGUACGACUACAAUGAAUGGGGAGUUUUGCAGGAGGCUGGGAGGGAGUAAGCGGAAAUGAAAGAUAAUGAUGGAGCUACUGUAUGACUUGGGGUGUUGUCGACGAAAUCCAGCAGGGAAGUGGGAAGGAGUAGGAGGUGAUUUUCUCCGGCGCUGAUACGGAUGGUUCAAUAGACCAAAAAAUACCCAAGUAUGAAAAUGAAGAUUUCUGUUUUUUUCUUGUACACAAUGUGUUAAAGCAUGAGGUAUGAGAUACGCAGGCAC